ACAAAUUGCUGGAAUGAAUUACCUUCACCACUGAUCUUCUGUGAUAAGAAAAAGACAAUAUUGGUCAGGCUAAAAGGCAGAAAUGGGAAGGUCUCACAGCAGUGACAAUGAAGGGGAAAACAGCAACACCACUAGAAAAGUCUCGAGGCAAUCCAUUCAACAAUAAUCGCUCUUCGAUUUACCCCCUCCAUCCGACCGGAAGCAAGGUGCUAGUCCGCUUCUCCCCUGACGCGUUGACRAAUUACGAUCGAUUUGUCGUUGCAUUUUCUUCUUUGUUUUUUGUGGGAGGAGUAUUUUGGGUCCCAGCAGUAUAUGCUUGGUUGGUAAAACGGAUUCGACGCAUCCCCCCCGAGCAGAAAAAGAAACGGGCCCUAUAUGCAGCUUUGCUACUUUCCGCAACGACGAUUUUUGCAGUCGGACCACACAGAAACCCUAGAGUUGGUCGUUUUGUGAAAGUUCAUCAAUGGAGCUUGUGGAAGUCUUGGAUGCGAUUUAUUGCCUUUGAGGUCGUUGCAGACGAAUAUGGCUCGAUCGAAGACCUCAUUCAUAGGCAAUCUAUUCUGGGCAUAUCUCCGCACGGGAUAUUUCCAUUUGGAUUGGCAUUUGCCGCCCUGAGCGACAAAGCUUCCGAAGCGUUCGGUUCCUUUCGAGCCGUGAUCGCGACUGCGACCCAGCUCAUACCGUGGGUCAGAGAUGUUUUGAGAUGGGUGAGAGCGUGCGAUGCAUCUAAGUCCUCGGUAGACAAAGCUCUGUCAGAUGGAGACCGCUUGGGAUUAGCGCCCGGUACGUAUUGUUUUUYACGUAAUCUACCACAACUUCGUUUGUAUCUCUGUCCCUCUAUCUCGCCAAAGGCUAAGCCAYCUCUAAAACAAGGUUCUUCAUUUCUGAUGCGUUUCGACACCUUUCAAACAUGUAUCUUUUCUCSUAUCAUCUUUUUGUUGGGCAUGGCAUGCCAGGGGGGAUCGCUGAAAUGUUUCUAGAUCCCGAACCAGAGAACGAAUACGCUAUCAUUGGAAAAGGAAUAUUCCGUAUGGCAGUCAAGCACCAAGUYCCAAUCAUCCCUACAUAUUGUUUCGGUAGCUCUAUGCUUCUGAAACGGUUGAAGCUUCCUUUUUUAAUUGAGAAACUCAGCCUGAUGUUGCGUGUCAGCCUUGUGGUAUUUUUUGGUAAGAAGGGAUAUGGAUUGCACCGAAAGUACAUUGAAUUCCAUGGAAUCACUAACAGGGCUAUUCUUUGCUGCUUGACAGGUAAAUGGGGACUUCCGAUACCGUUUCGGCAGCGUUUGCUUUACGUAAUGGGCAAACCAGUACAUCCACCAUCACAAGAGCURGUUGGAUYAACAGGUUAUAGUUCUAAAGAUAUCAUAAACCAGAGAGCCGAUCUAAUGCAUCAACAGUAUUGUCGCGAAUUGAUUCGGUAAGUAUUCUAGAACUCAAUGCUAUCAGGCUUUCGUACGCAAUCGUGGUCUUCUGAACGACUGACAAUUGCUAACAAAUCAUCACCAYUGAUUUACAACACAACGGCAACAACAAUAAGAAUAUUUGAUCGAUACAAGGGAUCAUAUGCGUCUGGAUGGGAUCAAAAAUCAUUAAAAAUUCUGUCCGGAUAAUAUUUUUCCCGAAAAUUAUGUUUCAAUUCUACGAUGAACAUGGUUGGAAACAAAAUCAGUCAACGAUUCGACUCGUCUUUCCCAAAGGAUUAUAUUUUCAUCUUCUUCAACAAGUCUCUUUAUCUCCAUUUUCGGCAGAGAGGAAGAUAAGGUCGCUCAUUUUAUCAUCUUUUCCCUUUCAAUGGCUUCUGUAUUGUUUACGGGCAAUACCACCUUUUGUUCUGACCGCAUCGGUGCCUGCUGGUAAAUCAUUCCACCAGCGAUGCAAACAAACAGACAGAAAAUACCUCCGGGUUUUGCAUGCUCAUCCCAAAUCAACGAAUUCAGGAGUACUGUUAAGCACUUAUUCAUGACUGGGAUUUUGAAAAAGGAUGAUUGUGUCAGAAAAUGAUUAAGCAUGCCGUUGAUAACAUCGUGAYAAUGAAUACUCACCACCAAUCAAGGUGAAACUCGUAGCAGAGAUGAGGCCUCGACACCACCAACUGCUGUAACCGAUACCUGUUCCAAUGAAGCUCCCCAAGAACAGCAACGCUGUUGCGGCAAGAGGGAGGCGUCCGGCACCAACCGUCCAGUAAAAUUCCCAGAAUUUCUGGUAUUCAUUGCCAACAUUGGCAAGAAUUAGCAUCGGAAUAAAGCCAAUUAAAUUUGUAUAAAUCACGGGUCCACUCUGAGUUUUUAGGGGAACGCUUUUGACAAUUUUUUUCCCGUAUGCCUGGAACAAGAAUUCACGAUGAUUGUAUUUGUAACAACAUGUUGAGUAUCUGACAUAAAAAUUGCGUGGKCUAGUGGUWUUUCCAACUAUAAUUGACAAGAGCAGGUAUAUUGAAAAGAAAUCGUAACUCACCAUCUCCAACGCAAUUACGAUGCAAUAGAAUGUUGGCCAUAAGUAUGCGCUCAAACCUUGCGUUUGAAACUGUUCGUCAAAGGAAGCGUACCCGUAGGCACCGGCGGUCAGAGUAAGGAGGCCCGCCCAAGAUCUAUAGGACGGCCACUCCCUUCCMAGAAAUAGGGCGUCUAGAAAGGCAACAAGCAUCGGCGACAAUGCUCGGAAGACUAUGACCGUUUCGACGUUUGCAUUGCUGAGGGAUCUCAUGUUGGCAUAUACCCCAGUGCUGAAGAAGACAAUGUAAAGUAGAUAUGGCUUGACAURUUUCCAUUCGAGGUCAUCAACUUGGAGGAUUCUUGCGAAUUUAGCAAAAUAGAUUAGGGCAAUGCAU